AUGAGAUUCCAUGAUAUAACAACUUUUAAACUCACAAUUCGGCAUUCAACUAAUAAAUACAACUUUUUAUCUAGCAAUAGUAAUAAUAUUCCAACAAAUAUACUUGAAUUUUGUGGUAUCUGUUAUAAAAAUAAUGACGUCGAGAUGAACAACUCUUUAAUAUUCAUUAUUGGGCCCACUGCCACAGGAAAGACCAAAUUUUCAAUAGAUUUAUCAUUGAAAUUAAAGGAAUCUGGAAUCAAUGCUGAAAUCUUGAACUGUGAUUCAAUGCAAGUGUAUAAGGGUUACCCAAUAGGCACCGAUUUACCUAAUAAAGAAGAAUUAAAUACUAUUACACACCAUCUAUUUAACAUUAUUGAUGUUAAUGAAGUUUAUAAUGCAAGCAAAUAUGCUACUGAUGCUAUUAAACUGAUAGAUAAGUUACAUAAAUCAAACAUUUUGCCCGUUGUUGUCGGUGGAACAAAUAUGUAUGUUGAAUCGUUGCUAUGGCCAUCAUUUAUCAACAAAACUGAACCAAUAAAUUUUGAUGAUGAAUAUGAUGAUUAUCCAACCGAUCAAUUGUACCAUAAAUUAAAUGAAGUUGAUCCAGAAAGGGCAAUACAACUGCAUAAAAAUGAUAGGAAAAGGAUCAUUCGCUCAUUGUUAUUAUGGUAUAAUAUGGGUGUUAAACAUAGUGAGGUAUUGAUUGAUGAAAAGAAUAAAGAUAAUUUGAUGUAUAAUACACUAAUAUUUUACAUUGAUUGCGAUCCAACAAUACAUUCUGAAAGGAUUUUAAAUAGGGUUAAUUAUAUGAUAAACAAUGGAAUAAUUGAUGAAGCAAUUGUACUGUAUAACAUAUAUGAGAAACGUUCAUUUAGCGAUAAACAGAGUGGAAUUUUUCAAAGUAUAGCAUAUAAAGAGAUAUUUCCUUUUAUUAGAGAAAAUGCAGAUAUGAAAUCGCAAAUUGUUAUUGACCAAAUUAGAGAUAUUUUAGUGAAUAAGACUAAAAAAUAUUCCAAACGACAGAGGACUUGGAUCAAAAACAGGUUCCAAGCAAAAGGUUUAAAUAUUGUUAAAUUUGAUACAACAGACCUUCAACAAUUUACUAGAUAUAUAUAUCUUGCAUCUGGUAUGGUUGUUGAUUUUAUUAAUAAAAAAAAUUGA